AGACAGCAGCAAUGGGAGGCCGUACAGGGACCCAUGACACACUCUGGACCUGGCAGCAGCAUGAGGAGGCGGCGGUACAGGGGCCCAUGACAGAUUACGGGCCUGGCAGCAGCAAUGGGAGGCCCAAAGGGAGGCACAUGGGACAGAGUGUGGCGCUGGAUGCAGACAGCAGGAGGGAGGCCGUACAGGGGACCCAUGACACACUCUGGACCUGGCAGCAGCAAGAGGAGGCGGUACAGGGGCCCAUGGCAGAGUGGCGAAGCGUAAGCAGCUUAAAUUGAAGGCCAUACAGAGGCCUAUG